GAUGUGGAAAAAGUGAUAUUUCAAAAAGGUAAAUUACAAGUAAAAAUUAAUGAUUACAAAACAGAAUCUUUGGUCGAUGAUCUGGAAGAACUUUUGAAACUUUAUCCUAGUGAAACUAUGGUAUUCGUUUGUCAUUCAUAUGGUUGUUGCCUAGGUACAUUCUUAUAUCAACGAUUCAAAACUACUGUUAAAGCCAUGACAUUCAUUUCGGUUAAAGCCGAUAUAAGUGAAAAAGAAUUAUUACAACGAAAAAAAAUUCAAUCCUGCCCUGAUAUAUUUUUUGAUGCUUUCCGAGUUUUAUUUGAUCGUCGUGGUGGAGUCAAUUCUCAUAGUGUAAAUCGUAUGUUACAUAAAGAUGCGAAUGUUGGAUUACGAACAAAACAAUUAAAAUGGAAUAAACAAUCAAAAACUUUUGUGUGGAAACGUAUGCUUGGUGGUUUUAAAUGGAUAAGUCGUGAUGAUAUUCGCGGAAUUCAAUGUCCGUUGUUGCUCAUAGCAGGUCAAGAGGUUAUGCGGCAAGGUGACGAAGAACAUUCUCCAGAAAUAUUUAUGGCGCGGCAUCCAGAGAUAGGAUUGUAG